UCAGGCCUGAAAGCCGCCAUGCUGAUGGCGUCCGUGGCCCGCGGGCCGCUGCUCGGUCUUUCCUCCCGGUCCACACGGCUCGGCCUCCGCCCCGCCGCCGCCUCCUCGACCUCGACCUCCGCCCCGGACUCAGCCUCAGCCUCAGCCUCGCCCCCGGUGGCGCUGGUGACGGCCUCGAGCGAGGGGAUCGGGCUGGCGGUGGCCCGGCGCUUGGCCAGGGACGGGGCUCACGUGAUGCUGAGCAGCCGGCGGGCGGCCAAGGUGGAGCGGGCGGUGUCCGAGCUGCGGGCCGAGGGCCUGAGCGUGUCCGGGGUGGCCUGUCACGUGGGGCGGCGGGAGGAGCGGGAGCGGCUGGUGGCCGAGGCUCUGGCCCGCUUCGGGGCCAUUGACAUCCUGGUGUCUAACGCGGGGGUCAACCCCGCGCUGGGGGACACCCUGGACUGCACCGAGGAGCAGUGGGCCAAGAUCUUCCAGGUCAACGUGACGGCGGCGGCGCUGCUGGCGGGGCUGGUGGUCCCCCACAUGAAGCAGAGAGGGGGCGGCUGCAUUGUGCUGGUGGGCUCCGUCGCGGCCUAUCAGUCAUUCCCGAACCUCGGGGCCUACGCGGUCAGCAAGACGGCUCUCCUGGGGCUGACCAGGGUGCUGGCCGAGGAGCUCGCCCCCGCCAACAUCCGCGUCAACUGCGUGGCCCCCGGCCUCAUCCGCACCAACUUCAGUGCCGCGCUGUGGUCCGAGCCGGACAUUGUCAAGCCGGUCCUGGCCACCAUCCCCGCGGGCAGGAUGGGGCAGCAGGACUGCGCCGGGGCCGUGGCCUUCCUGUGCUCGCCCAGCGCGUCCUACAUCACCGGGGAGACGGUGGUGGUCGCGGGCGGCAUGAGGUCUAGGCUCUGAACGGGGGCUCGCUCUCGAAAUCUGCCUGACCUGCACUGGGUUGUCCGCCCUGCACGGCAACCCCGGAUGAUCUGACCACAUUGUUGUGUCAAAUUAAUAUUACCUGCCAAGUGAUUGAAAAUAAUUCGCCGUUGACAUUGGCGGAAGUCAGUGAUUGGUAUUGAACAAGGAAUCGAAGACCGUGAGACCGAGGAGGGACGAUUACAUCAUCACAACAGAAGGAUUUGCUCAGUGGAACAAGACCAAAGUGCAACCACUUCGCCUUCCACCGUCCUGGCAGUCGCAUGACACGUCCUAUCCCGAGAGAUUAUUUCCUAAUAAAAGGAAAUAAGAAUUUCCAAAUCUAUAUCAUUUGUGCUUGAAAGAACCGGCACUUCCUGCUUCCACACAUUUACUGCUCGCUCCCUGAAGUUGUAUUUCCGCAGGUGUGCUGUGAAUUUACCCCCAUUCAAUCGUAGGCCGUGUCAGAUCUGUGCAGGAGCACAUCUGGAUAGUGUCUCUUCCUACCGACAGCACCGCAGGAUCUUUAAACUCCGCCCCAGGGACAACAACAACAACAACUUGGA